AUGCCUUCAGUUAUCAUCUUUGGUGCAUCUGGCUUUGUCGGUGCCCCCUAUACAAGAACGCUCAAGCAAGCUCAUCCAGACUGGCAGAUCACUGCCUAUGUCCGAAGCACGAACACCGAUCUCAGAAUCUCCCUCAACAUAGAUCGCAUCAUAACUGGUGACUUCAUCGACUUUGACAAAGUGAAGGCCGCUAGCGCCGAACAUGAUAUCGCUGUCAACGUGGGCAACUCCUUCACUUCCGAACCGGUCGCGGCCAUCAUCGCUGGCCAAAAGGAGCGUACGACCAGAGGCAAAGUACUUCACAUUAGCGGUGCAGGAAACUUCAUCGAUUUUGGAACGUCUGGAAACUUUAACCCUGUGAGCAAGGUCUGGAAUGAUGCGAACGAAGACGACAUCAGGGCUGUGCACAAAGACAUGUUCAACGGACAAUCCGAUACACUCGUUCUUGAGGCUGAGGGAAUUAAUACCUGGAUCGUCUGUCCCUCAGUCGUUUAUGGAGGUGCUCACACUGGAUCAAAGACGAUGGGUAUCGGGUACAGUCUUCUCACAGGGAAUGCUAAGCCUUUGGGAUAUGUUCCUUACGUCGGCGAUGGAACGGCCAUCCUAAGCACAACACAUAUACUCGACCUCGUUGACUUCCUCGUUAAUAUCUCCGAUGUGGCCGCUAAAGGCCCUGCUGAAGGCACAACAUACAGCCGAUACUACCUCAUUGAAACGGGCCGAGUCACUUGGAAGGACAUGGCCACUCAGCUUGCCAAGGCGAUGCAUGCACGAGGAAUUUUUGCAACUGCUGAGCCCAAGAACGUUCCCUUUGAAGAGGCUGGUCAGGGAGAGGUCAAGCAUCUCGUGGCGGCGAACAUGCUCAUCAAGGGAGAUCGUGCGGCGGUUAUGGGUUACAAGGCGAAGCAUCCUAGUAUUUUGGAACAGGUUCACGAGGAUCUUAAGGAAGUGCCUAUCUAG